AUGGAAUCUAAAGAGCAGCUCGUCGAGGAGGUGUUACUCCUUACGCUGUUUUUGGUAUCAACCGCAGGCAACUCGCUGUCCCUACUGGUGUUCUGCCGACGGCCCGGAUUGAGGACGAUAUCGAAUCGAUUCGUCAUCAACCUUCUGGCAACGAACUUGGUAACCACAUCCCUGCUCGCGCCCGCCCUGUUCGGCGAGCACACCGCACGGGAAAAGGAGGGUUGGAUAGAGGCGGGAGACGCUGCGGCCGCGGCCUACAGCUUGGCAGCACUUCUGGCUGUUAUGCUCAUCGCCGUGGACCAGCACCACGCAGUCACCGACCCCUUGCGUUGCCACACCAGGCUCUUACAACGCCGUCCUGCAGCACUCUGCGCGGCCACAUGGCUCAUAGCAGCCGCGACAGCCUCCGCUCGCGCCAGUAUAGCUGUAGUACGACACUACUACCCCCAGCAUCCAGCAGUAAGAGGAGUCGAGCUGGCGUUUUAUAUCGUGUAUCUAGUAGCCGGUGUCAUCACCCCAGUGGCUAUCGUGUGCAUCAUGUACGCGAGGAUAUACCGCGCGGCGAGGUCCUCCGGUCUCCGCGCCAGAGCUCACGGUGCCAGCGCCCUUCAGCUUCACGAACCACAGAUCAAUUUACCCGACCUCAUCGAGGAGGGCGAAGGACUGACCCUGAAGAUUGAUAUGCCAGAAAACGCAGACGCCGACCGCAAGUUUGGCCCGUUCCUCCUACCUCCCGAACAGCCGCUUAGGUGCCCGUCUGUUGCGAGCUUACGAAAUUCGCGAAGAGAAGGGAAGUCCAAUGAGGAUUUGAGGAAGGGUCUCCCGGCGGUGAGCUCCGCGCCUUCUCUGGCGGUGCCGCUGUUGGCAGUGCAGGCGCGUACUCCCGCCCCGUCGAACAACGGCUCUAGGAUUACUUCAAUAAGGUGUCGAAUAUCGAACGCUUCAUUGUUUAGAUAUAGAGAAGAAUCUCGUGCAGCUCGUGUGGGACUAUUAACGGGUGCACUAGUGAUGUUACACGUGCCACACGCGGCGGUCGCGGUCGUCUCUGCCGCCGCGCCCGGUCUAGCCUCGUGUGUACGGACUCCUGCAUUAGUGUUAUUACUCCUCGCUUCGGCUGUUUCACCGUUCCUAUUCGCGUUACGUUCGCGGCGAGUUCAACGCGAAGCGCGGAGACUUUUGCUUCCUGAGAAGAGCGCGUGGGACAGAGCGUCCGCGUCUGCCGCUGCGGCGGACGGGCAGCGGGCGCGGGCAGCUCUCGAGCUGCUGCGGACUUUAACUCCAGGCAGCGAGAGAAGAGAGAGCGACAACCGCGCGUCGGUGUCGGGAAACGGGUCAGAGACGAGCGCGUGCCGAAGCUCCUUCAGUUCCGGGGGGAGCACGCAACUGUCUUCCGCGUCGGACGAGUGA